GAGCACAGAUUUCUCCUACUUUUUCUGUAUAUUGUAUUAAUGGAAUAGUUAGAUUAUUGCCUCUGCUUAAACCACCUCCAUAUUUAAUGAAUCUCUAUACUUCAUCAGAAUCUGAAGCUAAUUCUUUUCAUAAAAAUGUUAGAAGUUACAACAGUUUAUUAGCUUGCACAUCAUUUGGUGCUAAUAAGUCUGAAACUUCUAAUAUAUCAAUGCUAAUUCAUAAUAAUCGUAUACAAAAUUUACAUAGUUAUAGUAUACCUACAUCAUCUAAAGUUGCAGCACUUAUGAUAGGAGAUAGACAUGAUAUUGAAUCACUAAAUCGUGAUAUUUUGCUUAGAACUCGUGAAGGAGGUUUACAAAGAAUAUCUGAACUGAAUUCCUCUUAUGAUACCUUGCAUUAUGUAUUAUUAUUUCCAAAAGGUGAUGAUG